UCGGCGGGACUGGAGCCGAAAAUCAGUCGAAAAAAAUUAUCCGUUUGUUUAGAGUCACGUUUUACUUACUUACGUACAUUUUUUAACGAUUCGAAUUAUUAUUGUGUUUAUUUUAACUAAUUUAACAAAUUUCUGAAGGCACUUGUUGACUGACACUAAUUAUGCAACUACAUUGACAAAUAUCCUACAUAAAUAACAAAUUAUCAUGAAUACACGAAGUAAAAAGAGAAAACAAUCCUUCUCUGGACCAGACGCUGGAAUUCCAAUAGAAGCGAACAAACAAAAGGGAAAUGCAGCUGUAAAGAACACAAGCGUUGAGUCUGUUGAACCCCCAAGAUCGAAGAAAAGGCAUGCCGUUAAUAAUAGCUUUGUUCCCCCUGCGGCGGAAAAUGCUAUCGGUGCACCAAAAGCGCCUAGUUCGGCUGGACGUAAAAAACCAAAGACACGAGCAGUUCGGAACAAAAAUGCGAAGGAGAAUGCAGAUAAGAGCAAGAAGAAGAAAAAGGCAAAGUUUAAGGUUGCUUUUACAAAUCGUAAAGAUGCCAAGAGGUUAUCAAGUAGUGGGAAUAAUGAAUUAUGUCUCGCGAAAGAAGAGCUAUCUUGUAUGUCGGAAGAGGAAAAGUUGUUAUUGACGUCGUGGGGACUUCCUCCGUCUGUCGUGCAUAAAUAUGGUUCCAAAGGUGUGACUUCCCUUUUCCCAUGGCAGUUGGAAUGUCUCGCAAACGCGGAGGUUUUAGGGGGCAAAAAUUUACUGUAUUCGGCACCGACAUCGGCAGGAAAAACUCUAGUUGCAGAAAUUUUAAUGAUCAAGAGGGUUUUGGAAUUGGGGAAAAAGGCAAUAAUGAUUUUACCAUUUGUUUCCGUCUGUCGUGAGAAAAUGUAUGGUUUGCAAGAGAUUUUUGGCGAUGCUGGGAUCCGCGUGGAAGGCUUUAUGGGAAGUUAUGCACCACCAGGAGGAUUUAAAGCCGUUGACAUUGCAAUAUGUACGAUUGAAAAAGCAAAUAGUUUGAUAAAUCGACUCUUGGAGGAAAAUUCUCUACACCAGUUGGGAACUAUUGUUGUGGAUGAAUUGCACCUAAUCGGAGAUCCUCAUCGAGGAUACUUAUUAGAACUUCUACUUACUAAAAUUCAGUACAUGACAAAAUAUCGGAAACAAUCGACAGAUGACUCAAUCGUUAGUGCAGACGGAGAAGGAAACGAGGAUGCGAAAAAACUCAAUAUUCAAAUUAUUGGAAUGUCUGCUACAUUACCUAAUCUUGAGUUGCUGUCAUCUUGGAUUGAUGCUGAAUUGGUGGUCUCAAAUUAUCGUCCUGUUCCUCUCGAGGAAAGGAUUUGUUUCAACGGAAAAAUAUUUGAUCAACUUCAAAACCUUGUGCGUGACGUGAAACUGCCUACUCUCCCCAUCGAAUUUCAAGCGGAUAGCGAUAACCUCGUCUAUCUUAGUUUAGAAACCGUACUGAAUGGACACUCAGUCCUUAUCUUUUGCCCAACCAAGGCCAAAUGCGAACAUGUUGCGGAACAAAUUGCUAGAGAAUUUUAUAAAAUUGGAAACAUGAGCGAAUCCAAUCCUCUACAUCUUCUGCAAAUUAGACAGCAACUUAGGGACCAGCUAAAUUCGAAUAAGAUACGAGAAGUUCUCACGCAACUUGAAAAUUGCCCUGGUGGUCUUGAAGCAGUUUUAAAGAAAACUGUGUCGUUCGGGGUUGCAUUUCAUCACGCAGGACUGACGUACGAUGAGCGUGACAUUAUAGAAGCAUCUUUCAAACGAUCCGUGAUUCGUGUCAUUGUUGCAACGUCAACGUUAUCUGCGGGUGUCAAUCUUCCAGCUCGUCGUGUCAUCGUUAGUUCACCUAUGACAUACAGGACUCCUUUGGACGUGAUGACAUAUCGCCAAAUGUGUGGUCGUGCUGGGAGAAAGGGUGUCGAUACGGAAGGCGAGAGUAUUCUAAUUUGCACCGAUGCAACGAAAGAUGCCGGUCUUAAACUUGUCCAGUCUUCCCUUCCAUUCGUCAAAAGUGCAUUGUUGGGAGACGAAGGAGCUCUGACAUCCUCAAUGAAAAGAGCACUGCUUGAAGUCAUUGCGAGUGGAAUUGCAACGCGACCUGAAGAUGUUGACAAAUACUCAAAAUGCAGCUUGUUAUCAAAGUCAAUCGAGACUGGACUAUAUGAGGAUAGCGAUACUCUUCCAACUUCUCAAGAAGACAAAAAUAAAACGAUUAAAGAAUGUCUCAAAUUUCUUCAAGACAACGAUUUUGUUAAAUUACUCACCUACGAAGAUGCAAAACCCGAUGAAUACAUGACCACACAGCUUGGAUCGGCUUGUCUUGCUUCGUCCUUGUCUCCAGAUGAUGGGAUCGCAGUGUACAAAGAACUUGAAAAGGCCAGGAAAUGUUUCGUUUUAGAAAGUGAACUUCAUAUCGUAUAUCAGGUCACCCCCCUCUAUGUGUCUGACCAAUUUCGCAACCUUCCAUGGCUAGAUUAUCUAAACAUAUACAACGGCUUAAGCCCAGGUGAUAAAAAGGUGGCCGACCUCGUCGGAAUUGAAGAGGCUUUCAUUAUGCGAGCAAUGAUUGGCACCGUGUCGGCACAAAAUCUAAAACAGAAGGACAAGUUCAUGAUACAUCAGCGAUUUUUUGCAGCCCUAGCUCUGAAUGAUUUGGUGAAUGAAACGCCAAUAUCUACGGUUGCAGAGACAUAUACCUUGAACAAAGGGGUUAUUCAAAAUUUGCAACAGGCCGCAUCCACAUUUGCAGGAAUGGUUACAGCUUUUUGCGACCGCCUCGAAUGGAAAAAUAUAGAGCUUCUAUUAAGUCAAUUUCAAGACCGUUUGCAGUUUGGAGUUCAACGUGAAUUAUGCGAUUUGGUUCGUCUUUCUACCAUGAAUGCACAAAGAGCUAGAAUUUUGUAUAAUAAUGGUAUUAAAACUGUCGCCGACCUUGCUGCAUCCGACCCUGCUAUCGUGGAAAACAUUUUGCAUCAUGCAAUUCCUUUUCAAAGUGCUGUUCACGGCGCGAGCGAGGGAACUCCACAACGCCACAUUUGGAUACUUGGUAAAAAUGAUGGGCUCAGCGAGAGUGAAGCCUCCCAGAAAAUCGUGGAAGAAGCCCGUGUGUUCCUUCAGAUCGAAUUGGGCCUUCCAACUUUCGAGUAUGAUCAUGCAAAACCAAAUGAAAAAGACGACUCAAAGCAAGAUCUCCUCGAUCAAAGUGAGUCAUCUUCUGCAGAAGACUCUAUCGUGGACGACAGAGAAGUGUUUCAUCAAAAGAUGAUGGAGGCAUCGAGAUUAUCUAGCCAUCGAGGUCAAAUGUCAAAAAGCACAUCUUUAAGCAAAGAAAAUAGUGGAAGAGAAAGUAGAGUCGCCAUACCCAAUAAAGUAGAUAAGCACGUUUCCUUCAAGGAGGCUGAUGCAGCAGUUGUCGAUGACGAUGUUUUUGAUGAUUCCUUCCCCAAAUUGAGCUCGGAGGAUUUAUUUGAUGGAAUAGAGAAUAAAUACUUGGGCAAGAAAAACAUCAACAACGACAUCCAAGACAGACUCGGUCAAUUCGUUGAGACAUCAACGCAUGUUGUAAAGUAUAAGGAAAACCCAAACGUGACUCCCAAGUCGAAUAAUAAAUUGAGACUAACUGAUCCUGACAGACUGAGUAUAGGUGACUCAAAUAAUCCCUUAUUUCACUCAACACCAGGAAGAAACGGAUUUGCGAACGUCUUUACAAAAAAUCCUAUUUCUUCAGCAGUCGCUUUAGAUGCCGCAAUCCGACAAGUUUCGCCAAUUCUAAGACGGAACAAAAUGUCUACAUCAACUCCAAAAAAUCAAACUACGGACAUGAUAGAUGAACAAAAUAACCAUGAUAAUGAUAUUAAUACAGGAAUUCUAGCAGAAUUCCGUCGCGAUUUUGAUUCUGUUGCUGAAAAGAUGGAAAUAUCCCUUAAUAUUUCGGAUAUUGAGAAUAAGGAUAAAAUUCACAAGUUGAAUGAUUCUGAUCAUGCUGCUAUGCUGGCUAUUGCGAACGAUUCCAAGUUCUACUCUGAAGACAUGUUUGCUGACGUAGAGGGACACAAAUUGAGUGAUGGAAAUAUCGAACAAAAGGAAAUUUCUCUUAAACCAAACGUGGAUGAUGAUGACGACGCAAAUCAAAUUGAUGUCUACACAAAAGACAUUCUUAAUGAACUGGUCAAUAAAUCCAUGGACUUUUCAGAGGCAGAAGAAGGUGUCAGAAAUAAAGAAAACUUCACUCCAAAUUCUAGUAAAUGCAAAGGAGGAGGAGUAGAAUCCGAACAAAAUCAGAUCUUACAUUCUACUCCGACUAGAAAACUGACAAAAUAUUCAAACAUUUUUGCAAAAAAUCGACUUUCUUCCAUUGCUUUUGAAUCAAAACCUAGAACAAGAGAUGAUGUCAAUGAGGUGGACAGCGAUAUCAUAAAAUCAAGAUCUUCAGAUCUGCAGAUAAAUUUGCAAGACGAAAUCAACACGGAUGUCAUGGCCGAGUUUAACAAAGAGUUUGAUUCCUUUGCAGAACAACGGAUAGAAACAUCGUUUAUGGCACAUGAAUUGAUUUUGCCUUUGCCCACACCUAUAAAGCUAAGUGAGUCUGAUACCGCUGCAAUGCUGGCAAUAGCAAAUGAUUCAAAUUUUGAUUCUCAUUCUCAAGACAUGUUCGCCGAUCUUGAAGGCAACCCAGCAGAAAAUCUUGUAAAAGUUGCAAAUAGUAAUCAUGAUGGAAAAAGACGAUCCAACUCAAUUCCUGAGAAAUCUAGCUCCAGACAAAGCUCUACUACUAAUAUUACUACUGGAACUACUACUGGAAUAGAAACAUCAACAGAAUGUGAAACUAGCAACAGUAUUCUUGAAAAUUCAUCCGAAUUCACGGAAAACUCUUCAUGCAUGACUUCAAAAAAUGGAUCAUUAAGCGCACGAAAUGCAGACCAAACUCCAACCCCAGUAUGCAAUGCGUCCGUUGGCGAACAUGUAUUAAAAGUGAUCAAGAUAUUAACUCCUGAAUUUAUCCCUGACGAAUGGUUUCAAACAGCUGAAGGGGGCGUGAUAAGUGUCGGAAUUAGGAUCGAAUUUCCCAAACGGGCCACUUCCAUUGCGCAAUGCGGAAUUGGAUCAAGAAUUCUUGGUGGACAAAAAGGAGGCCUCAACAAGAAUAAUGAACUGGAACAUUCAAUCGUGCUUUACAAUGGGGGACACACAAUGUGGCUGUAUAACUGGAGGACGACGAUCACCUAUAACCAACCCGAGAACGACGACGUGUCUCUCCACUCGUCCAACUACAAGAAAAGGAAGCUGGCAAAAUUAUUUCGACGGAUGGAAGCUUUCUCUUGCUCCAUAGUUUUAUUUGAUGCUAAGGAUAAAUUGAGACGACUUUUGCAACAAAUCGGAAGAGACCUGUUGGCAGACAUCCCCAAGAAAAUACUUGACCCAAAAAUUGCUCAGUGGAUGCUACAAUUUGACGAUAGUGGAUAUGAAAACUUGGGCGUGGACAAGAUGGCUGAGCUACAUCUUAAUCAUGCAGACAAGCACAUAUUUAAAUUGGGUUGGGCGAAGGAGCUUGAGGAAACCUUUGUUGCGUGGCAAAUUAUACAGAAGAUGACCUUUCUACUGCAGGAACGUCAACUCUGGACACCUUUCAUUGAGGUCGAAAUGCCUUCAAUAAUUCCACUGCUUCUAAUGGAGUGCAACGGAUUUGGUCUGGAUUCCCUAGAGUUGAACCGUAUGAAGAGAGGUCUGGAGUAUAAAUGUGCCAUAUUGGAGAUUAAAGCUUAUCAAUUGGCUGACAGACAGUUUAACUUGUCAUCGCCACAAGACAUUAAGAAGGUUUUGUUUCGAGAAAUGGGCCUGAAACAACCUUCUGGUAGCAAAGGGACAGGGAAGGAUGUCCUCUCCAAAUUGGACCAUGAGCUACCAAAGCUAAUCUUGGAAUGGAGAAAGAUUACAAGUGCUCUGCAAAAAGUUGUGCUUCCCUUUCUUCAAGAAAAAUCGUUAGAAACGAAUCGAGUUCACGGAUAUUAUUCCCAUUUCACUGUCACGGGCCGUGUCGUAAUGUCAGAUCCUAGUUUGCAAUGCAUCCCUAAAGAUUUUGACCUCGAUCUAGACUUUUCUCCAGAAGAGAUUGAAGAUAUUAAGGAAAAUGGGAAAAUCAAGUUUGGUUCCAAGUUAGCUUCACUUUUAAAUCAGAUGGAAAGUGCAAAAAAUCUGGCUAGUCAAUCCCAAUAUUUGCGAUCUAGUCUUAUCUCGAUGCGAAAUGUUUUCGUCCCAUGUUCGAAUGAAUUUGUCUUAGUCUCUGCGGACUAUUCUCAAUUGGAAUUGAGGAUCUUGGCUCAUUUAAGUCAAGACAAGGGAUUAUUGGAGACAUUGAACAAUUUGGAAGGUGACGUUUUCAAGUCGAUUGCGUCAACGUGGAAAAAAUUGCCACCCGAUCAGAUAACCAGUUCAAUUCGUCAAGAAGCGAAAGGAAUCGUUUACGGUGUGAUUUAUGGAAUGGGAGUCAAAACAUUGUCUGAACAACUGGAAGUGGAUAUAAGCGACGCAUCUCGUUUUAUUUCAGACUUUAUGCGAACUUAUCCCCAAAUUCGUUCAUUUUUAGACAACACGAUUAAAUCUUGUCGUGAAAACGGAUUUAUAGAAACUAUUUCAGGAAGGCGACGAUAUUUACCGAAUAUUAACAGCAAUAAUCCAACUCUGCGAGCUCAAGCAGAACGCCAAGCCGUAAACUCGCAGAUUCAAGGGUCUGCGUCCGACCUUGUUAAAACAGCCAUGUGCAAAAUACACACCCGACUUGGCGAAUUAUUCCCGAAAAAUUCAGUCCCUGUAAAUUGGGUGCAACAUAGGUCAAAAUCCAGUAGCCAAAACAUGCUUGUUCCUAUGCUCCGCCUGCCAUCAUCAAUUACCUACCUCCCCGUUCUGAAUUUACAUGACGAGCUAAUUUUCGAAGUGAGACGCAGUCGUUUGCACGAAAUUUCGACAGAGAUUAGAAAUCAGAUGGAAUCAUGCAUAAAACUUAAUGUCCGUAUUCCUGUCGUCGUUAAAGUGGGAGAGUCUUGGGGAACUUUAGCUACCCUAGAGUGACAUCGAUAACCUGUGAUACAUUUAUUAUUCCUAUGAAUUUAUAUAUUAUGAAUUUUCACGUGACUUGAGUUAAUCUGCUAUUACAUUAUUAUGUGCGUUAACAUUAUUUAACUCUCGAGUAAGUUUGAUUUUCAAUAAAAUUCUGGAUCUCAAA